GACUAAUUGCAAUCAAAAUGGAAGUUAGUGGGUCAACUUAUGAUAAAGAAAGACUGUUGAAUGACAUUAUUCUGCAAUAUCUGUUGUAGCACACACUUUCCUGCUACUGUACGAGUGUUGCAUCUCGUCUAAGAACAAGUUGCUUUUUUCUUAACUAGGAAUUGCGCCCCAAAAGGCAAAUCCACUAUAGCUGUUGAUGAUGAAUUCUGAGAAGUGAGAACACCCAAGCACGACUCGCUUUCCUACUCAAUCCGACUUGUCGAGAAAUCGAAUAACUUUUCGACAUUUCGCUGUGGCCCUCGAAGGUUCCUUCACAGGCCGUAGUUUCCCCUCAUUCGUCGGUUUAGCAGGUCUUCAACGGCAAGCGCCACUGCAAUCCGCUUUAUCCCUUUCUCCGUCUGGCAAACUCCUUUAAUUGCCCCGUUCUUCCAUCUCCACCAACUACCAUAUUCCGGCGCAGAAGUUUUAUCCAAACCAGAAUGAUGGGUUUCUCACUGGACUCCAGGCGUGUUCUCUUGCUGCUGCUUCUUGCGACGCUGUGUCUUCUUCAUUACCAGGAUACCCUCCCCUCUGUUCUUGCUGCUCCAAGCUUCAUCCCGGAGAGCAAUCACGCCCCUGAAGGGAAGUUACCCUUGUCGAUGGCGAUCAAGACUGGAGCGGCCUCCUCUGUAAACAGGCGUGGCGGUGGAGGUCAUGGCGGUGGAGGCCACGGAGGCGUAGGUCGCGGUGGGAGUGGGCGAGGCCGCGGCGGCGAGGAAGGAGGAGGACGAAGAGGUGGGUCCGGGACCAUGAUUCCACUGUAUGCCGGGGGAGCGGCUGGGGCCGGAGCUCGUAGCCACGACAAUGGCGCAGCCCUGUAUCGCGGGAAGCCUAAUCCAAUACACAAUCUGGGUCUUGCUGUGAUGUUGGCUCUUCCCUUGCUGUUCAAUAACUUUGCAUAGAUGAUGCAGUGCAACUGUGCAGUAGCUUUUUCUAGUGAGGAGUUUGUGAAUUUUGUGACCGGUUGAUACUUGUAAUUCCAUAGUACUUGAAGAACUAACAUGUCAAGUUGAUGGUAUAUUGUUAGCAAAUGACUGGUGGGGAUGGGUAUUCAAUCCACAAUUCAAUUUGAUUAGUAUAUGUCAAGAACAGAUUGGGAUAAUCAGCCAUGCAAGACAGUAAUGAUAUAGAUUAACGCGGUUCACUAAAAUAAUGUUUGUCAGUUGGUCCACGACACAUGAGAGAGUCAGUUACACUAUACUUUACGAGAUGAUAGAAUACAGAGGAAUCGAAAAGUAAAAGUAUAGUACUUUUUCACGUGGUGUAACUCUAAUCUAAUCCGGUAAUAAAUGAGGUGACAUAUU